AGAGUAAAGAGAGAGGAGUAGAGAGAGGGAGAGGAAGGGAAAGAGAGAGGAGUAGAGCGAGGGAUAGGAAGGGAAAGAGAGAGAAGAGUAAAGAGAGAGGAGUAGAGAGAGGGAGAGGAAGGGAAAGAGAGAGGAGUAGAGCGAGCGAUAGGAAGGGAAAGAGAGAGAAGAGUAAAGAGAGAGGAGUAGAGAGGGAGAGGAAGGGAAAGAGAGAGAAGAGUAAAGAGAGAGGAGUAGAGAGGGAGAGGAAGGGAGAGCGAGAGCGAGAGAAGAGAAGAGAGGAAGGGAGUGAGAGGAAGGGAGAGAGAGAGAGACGAGAGGAAGGGAGAGAGAGAAGAGUAGAGCGAGGGAGAGGAAGGGAAAGAGAGAGAAAAGUAGAGAGGAAGGGAGAGUGAGAGGAAGGGAGAGAGAGAGGAAGGGGGAGAGAGAGAGGAAGGGGAGAGAGAGAGAAAGAGUAGAGCACCUCAGUCUGCUGCAGGGAGAGACCAUGGGGGCUCUGACAGGGCUUCUCUCUGCACUAGUCACUCUGCUAUGGACCCUCCCUUCAGGGUCAUUGGGUGAGGAAUGCAGUAGUUUCAGACACGUGGAGAACGGUAGAACAUUCUUCCGUUACAGCGGGCUGUAUGUAGCGUUCACCUGUAACCCUGGCUAUAAGAUCCAUGGAUAUAGAACCAACAGCUGUGUGUCUGGACAGUGGACCAGGGAACCUCCCGUGUGUGUUGCCUCUGGGUGUCCCAGCCCAGGGGAUCUCCUGCAGGGGGUUACCAGUGUGACAGAGGACGGGUCCUGGGCUCUCUUCAGCUGUGAUGCUGGCUACAGGCUCUAUGGACACUCACUGCUCUACUGCAAGGGCCAGAACUGGAACGGCACCAAGCCUGUCUGCAAGGAGUCUGAUAUGAUGAGGUCAUGGAAGCAGAAAGAGCCCACCGUCCCGAUGCCCAGGAUCCAGAGCCAGAACCUUGCCGUGCUGUCUGCUCUGAAGAACCACCUACAGCUUCACUACAAUACCAUCGCUAACACCGCCUCCAAGCCCGUGUUGCUGGCCAACGCACCACCUAAAGACCCCCACACCCACCUAAAAGACCCACACUCCAAAGACCGCAGCACCAAAGCUCACCAUGUGGAGGAGAAUUUGAAAGACACCAGGGAUCUAACAGACAGAGAAGGGGCCCCUGAGAAGCCCACUAGACCUCAGGCCUCCACAUCCUCCUCUGCUACUACAGAGAUCAUUACAUCCACAUCCAGCCUGCUGGUCGCUGAAGGGUCUUGGCACCAGGGGGCCUCUAUAGCCCAGGCUAUGCAGGAGGAUUCAUUACCCAGGAAGGGGGUGCUGACAGGGGCCACCCAGUUGAAGCCUGGCCAGGGCGUUACGGAGCCAGCAGAUGUGAGCAGCACAGACACACAGGAGCCCCGUCCUCAGAGACCCACUGAGACCAGCUCCACAAGCUUCAUCAACUCCAGCAACACCACCAGCCACUGGGCCAAUGGAACAGACACGUUUGGUCAUCACAUCCAAGUGAAGGAGACUGCAUCAUUAUCUGACGAUGAUGAUGAUGAUGGUGGUGAAACUCAUCGACACAACGUGACCUCUCCGGAUCAGGCAUCAAACGGGUCACAGGACAAUGAAACCGACACAAGUGACAGUCAUCACAGUCAGGCGAACGAGACGUCAUCGUAUCUGUCUUUAAACAGGUCAGACCAGCAUCUUAUUAAGGAUGCUACAAACACAGAGGAGCUGCCCAGGCCUGUGACCCUAAACAGGCGUCCGCUGUGCCCUUACCCUCCCCUGCCAGCUCAUGGCACCUUCUACUUCCGUCCGGUAGACAACCCCGGUCCCCGGGACUACAAACACUACAUCCAGUACGCCUGCUAUGCAGGGUACACCCUGGCCCACGGGGAUAUCCACAGCUACUGUCUGCAGGCUGGACGGUGGAGUGGUCUCACCCCGGUCUGCUUGGAGGUCACCCCCUGCGCCCUGAACAACGGAGGCUGUUCCCAGCUGUGUAGUGUGAACCAGGAACAAGCUCAGUGUCACUGCAGACCAGGCUUCGUCCUGUUAGAGGAUCACCGUACCUGUAGAGAUGUGGAUGAGUGUGUGGAGGGCCAGCAGCAACAGCGCUGCCAGCAGACCUGCGUCAACACCUUCGGCUCGUUCCGCUGCUCUUGCCCCUACGGACACACCCUGGCUGGGGACGGAAGGGCCUGUGUGGCUCAGUGUCCAGCAGGGUACAGGAAACAACCCUCAACCCCGAUACCUGGAGGAAACCUGUCCAGAAAGGAGUGUGUAGACAUCAAUGAAUGUGAGGAGCCAGAGGUCAGUGUACCUGGACGCCGGUGUCAGUGGAAGUGUGUGAACCUGCCUGGCUCCCACCUCUGUAUCUGUCCCAGAGGCUACAAACUGUCCUCAGACAGACACCACUGCAGAGAUAUCAACGAGUGCAGGCGUAAGAAUGGUGGCUGCUCUCACCUGUGCCUGAACCAUAAAGGAAGUUACCAGUGUUCCUGUCCUGUCUCUCACCACCUCUCCCCCUACAGUAGGAAGAAGUGUCAGCCAAGGAAAGAACAGCACAGUAAUGUGUAGCAGAGAUCGUGUGGAGAUCAUUUAAAUAUAAAUGUCAUUUAUUCCAUUGCUUUCUACCAUCCCUCUGUUCGGCCCUUGAACAAUGACUUCUACUAUUGAAUCUACAUUUUGUCAGGCCUUAGAUGUAUUUUUGUCAAAUCAUUACUGAGAACAGUAUAAAAACUAUUAAAAUAUUAUUGUCACAUCCAGAACAUAUCUGUAACAUUGAAUAGAGGCUUGGACUGCAUAUUACAGACAUAUAGCUGAAGAGAAACCAGAAAAACACGUUAUUAGUUUAGGGAUUUAAUUGAUGGCAUUUAAAUAUAUUUCCCUCAAGUGAUUACAUGUUGUUUUACAAGGUAGUGUGAAUGAAUGAGUAAAAACAUCAUGAAAACAUGGUGGCAGACACUGUGAUAAUAGAUUAGUGGAAUUGAUCCCCUUCAAAAUGUCCUCAACUGCAGACUUAUAACAUGGCCAUGUCUAUAGGAAUAUCAAAUGUAAUUUUUUGAUUAAAAGUGACAGUAUUAAUUGUACUUUAGUCUGUUAUAUAAA